AUGGACAUGUCAGAGGCCAAGUACGCGAAUCUCGGCAUCGAGGACCACGACCACGAUGACCGCAGCAGCACCGAGGUCGAGGAGUCGCUGAUCGGCGGGGACGACAAAGCCUGUCGGAGCUGCCUGACCAAGGAGUACCAGAGCCCCUCGACGAGGAGGCAGAACCGGUGGCUGGCGAUGCUCAAGUCGUCGCGGUGGUUCGUCGACACGGCAUUGCUGUUGGUGAUCCUGGGGUUGCUGGUGAGGGAGCAGAUGCGACAGCCAACGGAGAACAAGUUGGACUUUGGAGGGGACUUGACGGGCGUCAGUGGAAAGUGUGAGUACCUGGAUGCCACCGUGAGGAUGUGGGAACGGGGCACGUUGAUGCAGAUCAAGACGUUUACGCCAGACUACGAGGGCAAGUACGCGCCGAACGACACGUCAAAGUUCUUCACAGACGAGGUGCUCAACAACUGGAACGAGCUGAUGCCCAUUGGCAUGGGCUUCCAAUGGGUCAACGACACGCACAAGUACCACGACCUGCCGACCCCCAUCGUCUGGCCCGAGAAGACCGUCUUCACCACCUCCGUCACCCACCAGCUGCACUGCUUGUUCGCCGUCGUCCAAACGUACUCCGGCCUCACCUCCGGCCACGAGAUCCCCGACGACCACCACUGGCACAUGAUCCACUGCUUCGCGUACCUCAGACAGACCAUCAUGUGCAGCGCCGACUUAGCGCUCGAGGGCCUCGAGACGACAUUCCCAGACCACAAUGGCGGCUCCGACGGCUGGGACUCGAAGCAUGUGUGCAAGGAUUACAAGCAGGUCAAGAAUUACCUGGAGAGCGUCAGGGCGUACGACGACAGGGAGAUCUUCUAA